GUAGCGGGUACCCAGUGGCCUGAAUAGGGCACAGUCGGGGAGGCAGUGAAGUCCUGGUUGUGUCUAGAUGGGCAGAGAUCUUGUGCCUACAGUGAGAGGUGGAACAGAGAAUAGGAAGAGUUUCCCGAGGGAGACCCUAGGAGCCUUACGGAGGGUCAGAGUCCAGGGCAUAAGGACUGGAGGAGGAUGGAGGCAUCAAAAGUCCUGGGCAGGGUCCACAGAGAGGAAAAAUGGAGCUGUGUAACCUCCCCCUCUCUCCCACCCACCAGGCCUCAGCCACCUUCCGGAUGCUGGUGCUGCCGGCCCCUUGCCCCCAGGCCCCUGCGCUGCCCUCCGCUGAGGCCAUGGAGACCCCUCCCUCUCGGACAGGCCGGUCCUCAGAACCUGGACCUUCCUCCUCCACGGCAUCUCCCCAGGCCUCGUCCCCUCCGAGGCCCAACCACUACCUGCUAAUUGACACCCAGGGCGUCCCAUAUACGGUGUUGGUGGACGAAGAGGCUCAGAGGCAGCCUGGGGCCGAUGGGGCUUCGUCUCAGAAAAAGUGCUACAGCUGCCCAGUGUGUUCGCGGGUCUUCGAGUACAUGUCAUACCUCCAGCGACACAGCAUCACCCACUCAGAAGUGAAGCCCUUUGAGUGUGACACCUGUGGGAAGGCAUUCAAGCGCGCCAGUCACCUGGCACGGCACCACUCCAUUCACCGAGCAGGUGGCGGGCGGCCCCAUGGCUGCCCGCUCUGUCCUCGCCGCUUCCGGGAGGCGGGGGAGCUGGCCCAGCACAGCCGGGUCCACUCAGGGGAGCGUCCGUUUCAGUGUCCGCACUGCCCACGACGAUUUAUGGAGCAGAACACGCUGCAGAAGCACAUUCGCUGGAAGCAUCCGUGAGCCGGCCUGUGGGUACCUCAGGCACCACGGGAUCUAGGGAGCCUGGACUCCUGUCAUCCUGAGACAUCACAAGAGCACUGUGGCUGGGUUACUGGGCCCUGGACACAAACACAGACCAUCUCCUGUGGAGGCUGACUCCUGCUGAGGCAGGAGCCCCUUAGUCACCUUUGGGUCCCAGUGUUUUGGUGAUAGAUGGGAACGAGAGUACACAGUCACAGAGUGGGGUCCUUUAGCCUCAGGACAUGAGCUCUUCCAGGCUGAGCUUGACUGGGGGUGGAGGUGGGGAGUGCUGGGUAUGGAAAUUCUGAAAACAAGGUUGGGGACCAUCAGGAAGCACACCAUCUUCCUGAGGCCUCUGUGUUAUUGGGGGCAGGGGCCCCAGACUUGCCUCUCACUCACCAGCCAGGGCCAGAGACUGGACACUCAAUAAACCCGUUUCCUACUUUGA